CCGGUUCACAUUCAAAUGACUGUCAUUGUAAAUUUGCUGAGACAGUUUAGCUGGUGUGGUGUUGCUAGUCUGCAAAAAAUAGAAAAUGUCUAUGAAAUUAGCGUACUGGGAUAUCCGUGGGCUGGCCCAGCCAAUCCGUCUGCUGUUGGAAUACACUGGAACUAAGUAUGAAGAGAAAGUGUAUUCGUGUGGCGAAGCCCCUAACUAUGACAAGAGCUGUUGGUUUGACGAGAAGUACAAACUUGGAAUGGACUUUCCUAAUCUGCCCUAUCUUGAGGAUGGAGACAGGAAGAUUGUUCAGAGCAAUGCAAUCAUGAGAUACAUUGCCCGCAAACAUAAACUCUGUGGAGAGACUGAAGAUGAACAAAUUCGAGUUGACAUCUUAGAAAACCAGGCGAUGGAUUUUCGUAACGGUUUUGUCAGGCUUUGCUACGCUGACCAUGAUAGACUGAAGGCAGGAUACCUAGAGAAACUCCCACAAACUCUGAAAGAGUUCUCUGCAUUUCUGGGAGACAGAAAGUGGUUUGCUGGUGAUAAGAUCACUUUUGUGGACUUUAUCAUGUACGAGCUGUUGGACCAGCACCGCAUGUUUGAACCAAAGUGCCUUGAUGAUUUCAAAAACCUCAGGGAGUUCCUCGACCGCUUCGAGGGACUGGAGAAGAUAGCCGCGUAUAUGAAGUCCAGCAGGUUCAUGAAGACUCCUGUGAACAAUAAAAUGGCCAAAUGGGGCAACAAGAAGGAGUAGUGUCUCAGAUCAAGUCAUGUGCCAUUUAAAUGUAGCCUAUAGAGAGAGAGUGCCUGUAAGCGUAGGAUUAUUAGUUGAAAGCAUUCCAGAGGCUAUGAACAAGCACUUGGUCUAAGUGAUUACAGGACUUAUAUCCUGAUUGAAUAACUGACAGGCACUUGGAUUAUUCUAGAUUGGGGCAUUUUUUUGUUUGUUAGUUUGUUUUUAUCUAGAACUGUUCAAGUGUGAAGCGCUAUCUUUUUUUUCAGUUUGAUUGUUUAAUAAAUUUCGAUUGUCUCUAGUUUGA